AUGAAAGAAAGGGAGAAUCCCCACAGCCCUCUUGUAACUGUACCUCCUGGCCACCACCACAAACGCCCCCAAAUUCACCACGCUCAACCAAGCCAGCAGCAGAAAGAAGUAGUGCAGCUUCCCCCUGUCCAGGUCAUCCGGUAUCCACCCUACCCCUCCCCUUCUCGUGCUCAGCCACGUCACCACCGUCACCAGAAACGAGCUCAGAUAAUUCCCGAGCGCCGUCGUCGUCAGCGACAGCGCCGCGCACAGGCUCCUCAUCGAGUCCGGCGCCUGCUCGUAGAAAAACUCCAGCUGCCCCACGAACGUGAAAACCUCCGCACACCCAAUUAUAAAAUACUGCGGCGCCUGCCACAGAACCGACACGUGUGCAUCAGCCCCACCCCUCCCGAGCCUCACCGCCUCGAGAACCCCCGCUGA